GCCGCGAUCCAUUCAUCUGUGCACUUGGGCGUUGGACCCCGCAUCUUAUUAGCAACCAGGGAGAUUUCUCCAUUUUCCUCUUGUCUACAGUGCGGCUACAAAUCUGGGAUUUUUUUUUAUUACUUCUUUUUUUUUUUAAACUACACUUGGUCUUCUUUUUUUUGAGCUCGACUUUUCCACCUUUUCCCUCCCUCCUGCGCGGCUGGGUUUUGAUCUCUUCGACUAAAAAUUCUUUUAUCCGGAGUGUAUUUAUUCGGUCCCGUCCGUCCCGCCGCCCCACCCCCGCCCUCCGGUGAGCGCCGCCGCCGCUGGGCCGCCGCUUUGCCGCUCGCCCCGUCGUUGCUCCGGCGCAGGCUCUUUGUUUCGCCCUCGGAUUCUGUGGAGUGUCUUUGUUGAAGCAACCAGCAUGGGUGCCCAGUUCUCCAAGACCGCCGCCAAGGGAGACGCCGCAGCCGACAGGCCCGGGGACGCGGCCGUGGCCUCGUCGCCCUCCAAAGCCAACGGGCAGGAGAACGGCCACGUGAAGGUGAACGGGGACGCGUCGCCCGCGGCCGCCGAGCCGGGCGCUAAGGAGGAGCUGCAGGCCAAUGGCAGCGCGCCGGCCGCCGAGCAGGAGGAGCCCGCGGCCGCGGGGAGCGGGGCGGCGGCCCCCGACAAAGACGACGCGGCCGCCGACGCCGGCGCGGGCCCGGGCGCGGCCGACAAGGAGGCUCCGGCGGCCGAGGGCGACGCCGCCGCCACCGCCGCCACCGCCGCCGCCGCCGCCGAGCCCGGCUCGCCCACCACCGCCACGGCCGCCGCCGAGGGCGAGGCCGCGUCGGCCGCGUCGUCCACGUCUUCGCCCAAGGCCGAGGAUGGCGCCACGCCCUCGCCCAGCGGCGAGACCCCGAAAAAAAAAAAGAAGCGCUUUUCCUUCAAGAAGUCCUUCAAGCUGAGCGGCUUCUCCUUCAAGAAGAGCAAGAAGGAGGCGGACGGCGCUGAGGCGGAGGGCGCGGCGGGCGACGGCAAGGACGAGGCGGCAGGGGGCGCCGCGGCGGCGGGAGAGGCGGGCUCGGGCCCCGCGGAGCAGCAGCCGGCCGCGGCCGCCCCCGCCGCCGCCGCCGCCGCCGCCGCGCCGGGCGACGAGAGCGAGAGCGCGGCGCCCGAGGAGAGCGCGCCGGGGGGCGCGGAGCCGUCGGAGCCCGAGCAGCCCGCCGCGGCGCCCGAGAAGCCGGCGCCCGCCCCGGAGCCCGCGGCCGCCGACGACGCCCCGCAGGCCGCCGAGCACAAGGCCGACGAGCCGGCGGCCGCCGAGGCGCCCGAGGGGGCGGCGGCGGCGCCGGCCGAAGAGCCCGCGGCCUGCGCGGCCCCGUCCUCGGGCCCGGCCGCGGUUUCCGACGCGCAGGCCGCCGAGUGCAGUCCGGACGCCGACGCCGCCCCCGCCCCGGCCGCAGAGUAG